AUGCAAAAGAAGUCUAGUAUCGUUACUUCUGCACCCCACGGGGCUGGUAAUUUGGCGAAUGCCUCGAUGAUGCCAGAACAGCCGCUAGCGCCUUCAUUGAUCACCCCACCGGUGCCCGAACCGCCAGAAAAGACUUCGAAGGCGACAAAAAAAGGAUCGCAGAAGGGUAGCUCGACGAAGCAAAAGCAAGCCAAAGCAUCGAAAGAGCCCAUCAAGGAAGUGACCGUUGACUUUGACGAAAACCUCGAUGAGUUGUCGUUCUUUUCCGAAUUACCGAGUGAAGAUCGCACGCCUCGCAGCUUUUCCGAGACCACCCUCGUAUACAACGCGCUCACAGGGCGCAUGACGAGUGAGAUGUCGAACUCCAUCGUUUGCCUUAAGAACAUCGGUUUCGGCAUCAACGAGCAGCGCCAAAUCUACGUUGAGAAACCAGAAGAGAUCAACAACCUCGCGGAGCGCGUGCGGGCGGGAACCGCGACGCUGCCACCGAAGUGGCCGACUAUGAUCACCAAUGUUCUCGGUGGCAUUCUCAAGAAUCCCGCGAUCACUGACCCCGCCGAGGCGAUUCGGCAGAUGAUUCAAAUCAAAGUCAACAGCGUCAUGCGGAGCAAAUACGCCUCCGUCGUCACCGCCGCCUCGUACGACGGCCAAACCACGGAGGGCUCUAACAUGCUCGACUUCCUCGACGAUGCGGGCGAUCCAACCAAAGGCAUCGAACUCAACCCGGAGCAGGAACGCGUGAUCGAGAUCGCGUUAAAAGGGCAUCAUAUGUACAUCGGGGGAAGUGCGGGCACCGGGAAGACGGUCCUCCUCCGCGCCCUGAGCCGUCGCCUGCGGGCAAACCACCUUCGCGUCGCCAUGACAGCCACCACCGGGGUUGCGGGUUGCCAUAUCGGGGGUUCCACCUUUCACCAUAUCAUGGGAGUUUCCUCUAAAGGGGAAUUCCUCCGCCGUGCGAAUAUCCUGGACUACGACGUGAUCAUUAUCGACGAGGUUUCCAUGUUCCCACUGAGCCUCUUCGAGGAUUUCGAUCGCGUGAUGCGGGAGGAGGCGGGUACGCCGGACGUGCCUUUUGGAGGGGUGCAGAUUAUCCUCUGCGGGGACUUUCUCCAGCUCGGUUGCAUCCAUGAGAGGUCGGUGAUCUAUUCGACGCUCUUCCAGGACAAUUUCGUGAAGCUUCGCCUGCAGACGCAGGUGCGGCAGUCCGCCUUUCCAAAGUUUGCUGAGAAUUUACACCAAAUGCGUUUAGGCGUCGUCCCGAGCGACCUCACCGAGAUGGUGCAGGAACUUCCCCCGGGAACCAUGGUGGACUCCGCCGUGAAUUUGCUUCCCACAAACAGUGAGGUGCAUGUGGCGAACGAACGGGAGCUCGCACGGCUGCCUGGGGAUCCGCUCACCCUCACCCCGGAGACCGGUAUUACCUCUCUAAAGUGCGAAUCCACCGUCACGCUUUUGCUGCGCACGAAUAAAGAGAACUUUAACGAAGAGUUGUUCGCCAAAUACGUCCGUUCCUUGUUGCAGGCGACGCUGGACUUACCACGGGCCUCCUUGUUAUCCAUUUACCGCAUUUACGAAGACGGCCACGCCAUGCGGGUGGUGCUACCGCCGAGUGAGAGUGUGGCCUGGCGGGAGGCGAUGCGGGAGCGCUUUCUUGAGGUUGCCGGGUUGAUCAACGACCUCAAUCUGGGCGCGACCGUUACCGAAAUCAUCCCCAACGGGGAUGGCCUCCACACCCCGGAAAACGAAGAAACCCUGCAACGCCUGAUGGCCAAGCACCCAAUUGCGCAGCCGUUAACGUUCAAAAAAGGCUGCCGGGUCCUCCUCCGCUCCAACGUCAGUGCGAACCUGGUGAAUGGCAGCAUCGGGACCAUCGUAGAUUUGGUGGAGUGCAGGCUGCAGAACUUCCCGGAGUUCGUGCGGAGCGCGAAUAUCGAGGAGUGCAUUGAGCGAUAUCGGGUGUUUUGCAUGACGGAGUGUGGGAUGCCGGUGCCGCUCGUGCCGGUGGUGAAAUUUCACAGCGGCGAGACGGUGGCGGUGCCGCCGUGGGAAUUCAACGUCGGGGGAACCCCGGCGACGAAUUAUUACAGCCUCUCGAUCGUCGCGCUCCCCCUCACCUUGGCGUACGCCUUCACGGUGCAUAAGGUGCAGGGGUUGACGCUUGUCGGCCGCGUGCAUCUGGAGCUCUCCCGGAUGUGGCCGUGUGAGCAUCUCCUCUACGUCGCGAUGAGUCGCGUGCGGAAUCCGGAUCAGCUGAGUAUCUCGAACUUCCGGGCGAACAUGGUGGUGGCGAAUCCGGACUGCGUCGCCUUUGAUCGCGAUCUCAAGGCCGCCGUGGAGCUCACCGCGGAGGAGCUGCAAAAGUACCCGGUGUCGUCCUGGAAGCGGUGCAACGAUACGAUUUUUCACCUUCGCCGUCGUGGUUCCUCGCUACGGCGGUUGCUGCAGGAUACGAUGCUUUCCGGUGCUCGGGAGGGGUCUGGGGUGGCCGGGAGGGCAGGGGGGGGUUCCCUCCCGUUGCCGCCUGCGCUCGGCCGCGAAUCCACCGCCGAGGACGACAACCCCCUCGCCUCGAUGGCGGCGCGGAAGGCAGGGGAUGCUUCGCUUGCGAGCAACGGGAGGUCCUCGCGGGCGGCCUCCCCGCACGUCGACCACCUCGCGUCGGUCGAGCGCUCGGUGAUCGUAGCACGACGGAUGCGAAAAUUAAUCAAGUGCGUCGAGCGAGCCGCGAAGCUGAGCGAAUCCAGACGGAAGGCCAAAGCCACCGCGGUGGUGGGGGCGCCCGUCUCCUCUCCCCUCUCAACCCCCGGUGGCGACGCGGGAGUCCGUUUAAUCGCCCCAGAAGGUUCUGGCAACGGCGGGCGGACGGAUGAGACCUUCAACGGAGGCGUCGAAGUAGAUUUGUCUACCAAUGAGUUCUCGUUUUGA